AUGCAAAUUAGUACCCUUCUACAACUCACAUCUCCAACAAUUGUUCCCCAUCUGGUAGCACUGAUUGGGAGGUGGGAUCACAUUGCUCCUGAUUAUGACAGAACCCAGUGGCUGAGUGAGAAAUUCAAGCUUCAUAUCCUAUCUGAUUAUCCCUGCUUGCCAUACUUAAUUGAUGGGUCAAACAAGUUCAUCCAGAGUGAUUCCAUCCUACCCUACCUUGCCUGUAAGCACAACCUGUGUGGAAGAAAAGAGAAAGUUAGUGUUGUGGAUAUUUUGGAGAACCAGGGUAUGGAUGUCUCCAAUCAGCUGGUUAGAGUUGACUACAGCCCAGACUUUAAGAAACUGAAGGCAAAAUGCUUGGAGCUUCUCCCUAGAAUGAUAAAGCUCUUCUUAUGGUUCCUGGGGAAACAGACAUGGUUUGUUGGUGAAAAGAUUACUUUUGUGGAUUUCUUUGCUUAUGAUAUCCUGAAUCAGCAUUUUAUAUUCAAAUUCAAAUGCCUGGAUGCAUUCCCAAACCUGAAGGAUUUUGUGGCCCAUUUUGAGGGACUGAAGACAAUCUCUGCCUACAUGAAGACCAGUGCUUCCUCCAAAUACUUCUGUAUACAAGGAUGUCCAUGUGAACAAUAA